AUGUCAGACGUUCAGAAGAUCUAUAUUUCGUAUAACAAUAUACAUAAACUUUGCCAAAAGAUUGCCAAUGAAAUUUUGGAGAGAAAUGAGAGACCAGAUAUCAUUAUCGGUAUUUCUGGUGGUGGAUUAAUUCCUGCCAGAAUAAUAAGAACUUUCUUGAAGCAACAGGGCCAAAAGAACAUUCCAAUCCAAGCUAUUGGUUUAUCCCUUUACGAAGAUAUGGGCCUAGAAGAUGGUGUCGAAAAGAUUGGUAAGGAAGUUAUCAGAACUCAGUGGUUAGAUUUUGGUGCGUUAAGCGAGCAUUUCGACUCUUUGAUUGGUAAGAAGAUUUUGAUUGUCGAUGAAGUUGACGAUACCAGAACCACAUUACACUAUGCUAUCAGUGAAUUGCAAAAGGAAGUGAAGGAACAACAAGUCAAAUUAAACAGACUAGAUGAAGAAACUGCCUUUUCUAUCUUUGUCUUACAUAACAAGGACAAGCCAAAGAGAGCAGAAUUGCCAAAGGACCUUAUGGAAUCUGGCCACUAUUUGGUCGGUGAAACUGUUCCAGAUGAAUGGUUAUGCUAUCCUUGGGAAGCUGAUGACAUCGAAGAACACACAAGAUUGGCUAAAUUGCAAGGAAAUGAUUAA